AUGUUCCUCUCGCCCCAGAACCGCCCAGCUGCUUACUUCCUGAGGCCGAGCGCGCUUUGCUCUUGGUGCCGUCGCGCAUUAACCUCGACGGCUGUUGUCUACAGCGGGCAUAACCGCUGGUCCAAGAUCAAACACGAGAAGGGCGCCGCCGACAAGAAGAAAACAGCCGAGCGCAAUUUUUUCGCCAAAAACCUCACGCUCUACUCAAAACUAUAUGGCACCAACCCGGAAUUAAAUGCCCAGUUGGCCAAGACCAUUGUCGAGGCCAAGAAAUCGGGCAUGCCCAAGGCUAACAUUGAGUUGGCCAUUGCCCGCGGUCAGGGCCGGUCCUCCACGGGAGAGAAGCUGGAGACGGCCAUGCUCGAGCUCCUGGGCCCCGGCUCGGUAGCUGUCAUCAUUGAGACCGAGUGUGACAACAAGCAGCGCGCCAUCAAGGAUCUGAAGCUUAUUGCCAAGAGGCACUCAGCCACGGUCACGCCAACGACCUUCCUAUUCACCAGGCUUGGCCGCACCAUCCUGACGCUUCCCGACGGUUGCGAUUUCGACGCCGUCUUUAUGCAAGCCGUCGAGGCGGGCGCCGAGGACGCGGAGCAGGACGACGAGGGUAAUGUGGUAAUAUGGACGCAACCAAAUGCGACCCACCAAGUUGCUCAGAGCUUGAGCGCGGCCCUGCAAGCGGAUAUCAUCACAUCUGACAUUAUCUGGAAGCCGUCCGAGGAUACGGUCAAGCUACAAGAUCAGGGUGUUGCCACACAACUGGCAGAGUUUCUCUCAGCAGUACGCGACAACGACGACGUACAGGCAAUUUACGCCAAUGUCGAACAGGGAGAAAUAUCCAAUGAUGUGUGGAGUUCGAUAGAGGACAGUCUCGACUGA